UCUCGACGCGUCUCCUCGCUUAUAACUACAUCACCGCAGAAGGCUUAAAACGGCUGGAAAAAUGCAGUUUAAUCGACAUCGUGUCCGCAUGAAAGGUUUUCGCUGGUGAUUUUAAUUUCCCGCUACUCUUGACAGAUGACUUCUCGAAAGGGGGACACUUUGGACUUUUAUUUAUUGCUCAGCUCCAAAAAAACAAGACUGUCUACGGAUAUAUGACUCGAAUGUUUCAUCAGUUGAUGAAUGAGAUUCUUCGUUGUUGAGCUGAACACUGACUGACUGCUACAGCAGCUGAGCUCACCUCGGAAGGAAAGCCUCAUGCUUCCACAAAGCCAUUCAUGAGUCAAGGCUUCCUCCACAGCGGCAGAGCAGCAUGGAGAAAGGGCUCCGAACACGACUCGAAACAGGAGCGGGAGAUGACCACCACCCUCUUACUCAAGGGAGGACCCCAUUAGUGGGGAGUGCUGACUUGGGACAUGAAUGUUGCAGAUGUAAUGGUUUGAUCAAUACCCACAACUUAAUGGUGGAGACUAAGGAAGGACUGAUGUCAGUCUAUUCUGCCCCACAGUACCAGGGCCAUGUGGGGUCCAAGGACAUAAAUGGGACACAGGAUGGUCGAGGACCCCCAUUGUUGCUCAACCCCAGUGCCCUGCCCCAGGCUAUAGAGCCUUACUACAGACCCAACCUCCUGUACCCCGAGAGCAUGUUGAGAGCAUGGGGAGAGGGGGGGGACUGCUGCGAGACCACCUUCAUUGAGGAGAUGAGCGCUGCCUCGUCCGGCUCAGCCGUCGCUAGAGACAGACUUCUGUUCACUGACAGCAAGCUUCUGGAUCUCUCAGUGGAAGACGCCAAGAUCCAGACGCUCUCCUGUGAUUUAGAUGAAGAUGAUGAAGAAUUUCAGGAACUCGAGAGUGAGUACUCAAGUGACUCAGAGAGCGAAGACAAUUUCCUCCUGAUGCCUCCGAGGGACCACCUGGGCCUCAGUGUGUUCUCCAUGCUCUGCUGUUUCUGGCCCCUGGGCAUCGCAGCUUUCUACCUGUCUCACCAGACUAACAAAGCGCUGACUAAAGGAGACUUUCACUACGCCAGCUCCAGCUCCAGACGUGCGCUCUUCCUCGCCGUACUGUCCAUCACCAUCGGGACAGGCAUCUACGUGGGUGUGGCUGUGGCCCUUAUCGCAUACCUCUCCAAAAACAAUCACUUUUAGCCUUCCCAUGUCCAAAACCAUUCUCACGGUCGGAAAAAAACUUGAUUAUUUUGGGAUCUGCUUUUUGGGACAACACCCAAUAGUCACGAUACAGGACUCACCAGCAACGUGCUCCACUCCUGCACUUUUAAAAGUCAUGUUUCCAUUUCGUUGGGAAGAUCAUCGUUUGUGUAAAUGGUCUUGAUCACUUUUCUGCAUUUUCAUGUGAAUGUGCCGCCCACCACUAUUGUUUUUUUUUUUUUUUUGCGCUCAGUGUUUGUGCAAGUGCAAGUCUAUUGCUACACACAAAAGAUUUUGGCCAAGUUAAAGUCAAUAUGAAAACCUGAUUUAUUUUCUUAAUGCAUGUUCUUAAAAAUAGUUCUUCCAUGUUGUGCACGUUUUUUCCAAAAAAGAAUUCUCCAAAAUGGAUUUAUUUGCUCUGUCACUGCACAGCUUUCCUUUUUGUCAUCAGAUGGAUGGCCAAUCCGGGCAAUUUCCAAUGGAUGAAAUCAGGGGCCGGUUGCACCAGCUGUGCGCAAGUCACAAGUUUUGAUGUAAAAGUGCAUUUUACUAUUAAAUAUUUUUGAAUUGCACCAA